AUGUUUUGGUCUAAAAGACCCGAUGUCUUGAACCAGCCUCGUUCAUUUGAGGGAAAUUUUAGGAGUGAGAGAACAUUAGAAGAGUUAGAAUAAUUUCCAUCUAACUUCAUAAAGACAUCACGGUAAGAGAUUAUAUUAGAGUUAUGUAGAUAUAAUUUAGUAACUUUCUUGCCAAAAUCAUUACUUUUGUAGUUUACUCGAUAUGCUAACAUUUAUUUCUUGUGCAUUGCAAUAAUCCAGUGUAUUCCAGUAUUAUCAACUCUGAAUCCGUUCAGUGCAAUAGCUCCGUUAGUAUUUGUGUUAGGAUUAUCAAUGGGGAGAGAAGGUUGGGAGGAUUAUGGGAGACACGUAUCUGACAAUGAAGUGAAUGCGACAGAAUGUGUGAUAAUGAAGUCUCGCGUAAUGACAACAUCUACAUGGGCUCAACUAGCAGUGGGAGAUUUCGUAUUGGUGAAAUAGGAUGAGAGUUUUCCAGCAGAUCUGAUAGUUUUGGGAAGUUCUAUAGAGAGUGGUGCAUGUUAUAUAGAAACAUCGUCGUUGGAUGGUGAGAAGAAUUUGAAGCCGAAGAGUGCAAUUCUGGAGAGCUAAUAGCUAUACCGAGAUAUGAGUAAUUUUACAGAGGAGAAAGUGAAGGUGGAAGCACAGGUUCCCACUUAGAAUCUGUAUGAAUUGGAUGCGUCUUUAUUUUUAAGUGUGGGGAAUGGUUAGCAAAAGAAAUUUUAAUUAACAGCUAAACAACUAUUACUCAGAGGCGCAUUUCUUAGAAAUACUGAAUGGGUAAUUGGGCUAGUAGUUUAUACAGGUUAGGAUACUAAGAUUAUGAGGAAUGCUGAUGCUUCAAGAAUUAAAACAAGUGAAAUCGAGAGAAUUAUGAAUAUUUUGAUUUUGGGAAUAUUGGUAGUUCAAAUCUCAUUGUCAAUCAUCACUGCCUCCUUUUCUUCUGCUUGGCUACACAAAUAUGGCAGUGACAGUUGGUAUUUAGGUUAUGGUGAUUUCUAACCUAAUUUACUAAGCUCUUUAUGCAUUUUUCAGUUACAUUUUAUUAUAUAAUACUAUGAUCCCAAUCUCAUUGAUAGUCAGUCUGGAAUUUGUAAAGGUGUUUUAAGCAUGUAUGUCUAAUAAAGAGAUAAGUUUGCCAAGGUGUAAACUACCACUAUAAACGAGGAACUCGGAUAAAUAGAGUACAUUUUUUCUGACAAAACUGGCACUCUUACUUGUAAUCAGAUGGAAUUUAAGUAUUGUAUAAUAGGAAACACAUUAUAUGGACAGGAACAACAACACACAAAUAUUCCAGUAUAAAAUGUAGAUCUAAAAAGACAGCAAACCGCUAAAGUUCAUCCUGCAACUGAUGUCUUCCAACAUUCGGUGUUUAAUUUCCAAGAUCUUGAAUUAAGUGCCAUUCUUAAGGGAGAAGGGUCCUCCGGAGAAUAACCAGUCAAUUUGAUAGUCUAGUCAUUAGAUGGAAAAUAAUAAGUCAAAAUUUCAAAGUAGAGAAAUUUAAUCGAAGAAUAUUUUUUCUUGUUAUCAUCAGCUCAUGAAUGUAUAGUUUAGUAUGACAAAAAUUAAAAUGCUAACUAUUAAGGACCCUCUCCAGAUGAAAUUACUUUGGUAGAUGCAGCUGCUAGGAUGGGUUUUCAAUUCACUGGUGCUUCUGCUAGUGAAUAAAAGUUUAUAAUUUUGGGAAAGGAUAAAAAAGUUAAAUUAUUAAAAUCCUUUGAAUUUGAUUCAACACGUAAGAGAAUGAGUGUCAUUAUUGAUGACAAUGGAGUUAUAAAAUUAUUUAUUAAAGGAGCUGAUAAUAUUAUUAAGGGAAGAUUAUCUCCAAAUUAAAUAUUUCUUAACCAAAUUAUAAACUAUCUAGAUGAUUUCAGUAAAAUUGGUUUAAGAUGUUUAUUAAUGGCCAUAAGAGUAUUAUCAAAUGAUGAAUACAGAGAAUUCGACAACGCCUACAACAAUUUGCCCGACAACGACACCAGAGCAGAAGAACUAGAAAAAUUGACCAAUAACUUAGAACAAAACUUAACUCUUCUUGGAGCAUCUGCUGUGGAAGAUAAGUUAUAACCAUUGGUUCCAGAGACAAUCGCUGAUUUGUUAAAAGCUAAUAUUAAAGUGUGGAUGUUGACUGGUGAUAAAUUGGAAACAGCAGAAAACAUAGCUAAAAGUUGUCGUUUAAUCUAAGGUGACUUCACUGUCAUGAGAUUGUCUGAAUUAAGUGUUGAUGAUUGCAAAAGAAAGAUUGGAGAUAUUCAAGAAACAUAUGACCAUUGUAUUAAAGAGAAUAGAAAAAAAUCAUUCGUUGUAGAAGGGUAAUCCCUAUAAUUUGUAAUUGAUAAUGAGGAAUUAGCCUAAGCAUUUGUGAGCAUGGCUAAAGAUUGUGAAAGCGUUGUUUGUUGCAGAGUCACUCCGAAACAGAAGGCUGAUGUGGUAAGAUUAAUUAAAGAUCGACUCAACAAAAUUACUUUAGCAAUUGGAGAUGGUGCUAAUGAUGUCAAUAUGAUCCAAGCCGCUCAUAUCGGAGUAGGUUUGUAUGGAAACGAAGGAAUGAGGGCUGUUCAAAGUAGUGAUUUUGCUUUGGGAGAAUUCAGAUGUCUUUGGAGAUUGUUGUUGGUUCAUGGACAUUGGAAUUACAUUAGAAUUGCAGAGAUGGUUUUAUACUUCUUCUACAAAAACAUGAUCUUUACUGUUCCAUAGUUUUUCUUUUCAUAUUUUUGUGCAUUCUCUGGACAAUCGUUUUUCGAUGACUGGUACAUUACCUUCUAUAAUUUAAUAUUCACUGCACUUCCACUUAUUAUGAGAGGUACAUUUGAUUAAGACAUCAAUUACAGACAACAUAUUUAAUUUGAUGAGAAGGAGGAAGUUGCAUCUGUUUAAAGAAAAUUUGAAGAAUACCUUAAAGUUAAAUUUCCAAGUCUUUACUUUGUGGGAUAAAGUAAAAGUAUUUUUACCAUUCCAAACUAUACGUUAUGGGCAUUUAAUGGUUUAGUACACGGUAUGAUAAUCUUCUUUUUCAUACUUUGGAUUUUGGAUUAUGAGAUUGUUGAAGAUAAUGGAUUUCCUGGAGGAUUGGCAGCAUUUUCAUUGACUGUGUAUUCUAGCAUUAUUUUGAUUGCUGACUUGAAGAUAGCUAUCCAUACCAAAUAUUGGACUUGGUUUAAUUUUAUUUGCAUAACUUUCCUAUCUGUAUUACUCUACAUCAUCUACGUUAUCAUAUCAUAAUUUUGGCCAGGAACUUUGAUGGAAUACACCCCAUUUACUAUGGUUGGCACUCCUCAUUUCUGGUUAUCCAUAAUUCUUAUUGGAGGCAUCAUAGGUGGAAUGGAGGCUAUCAUAGCUCAAUUAUAGAGAGAAUUCUUUACUGAUCCUGCCAUUGAAAUGUUAUACAAAGUGAAUGAUUUUGGGUAAAAUCAGUUGAAACUCAUUGAACUAAAAGAAAAGAAUCAAAGGUAGUUUUAGGAUUCUUUUUGGGAACCUCUCUAUAAGUAAUAACAAUUAUAAUAGUAAAACGAAGAACAUGCUGAAUGA